AUGGCUCUCCCGAGAUCAAUCCCGAUGGCGACUCUGUUCCUGCGGGCGUCAGUCAAACCCGAAGUUGAAGUCAUCGGGUGCGCAGGCCGUAUCAUCUCCCGAAACGCUACCGACGAGCUCUUGCCCUACAUCAUACAAUCCAUCUUCCUCUUGAUUCCCCCUUCACUUUUCGCCGCGAGCAUUUACAUGGUACUCGGCCGCAUUAUCCGUGGCUUGGGACCCCUUACAGAGGCGUAUUCCAUCAUUCGCGUCAAGUGGCUAACUACACUCUUCGUCGUCGGAGAUGUUUUUGCGUUCUUGGUUCAGGGUGGUGGCGCGGGUCUCAUGGCUUCUGUUGAUACCAGAGACAUGGGGAACAAGAUUGUCAUCGCUGGUUUGUUCGUACAGAUUGCCUUUUUUGGGCUUUUUGUGGCGGCAUCGAUCAUCUUCGACAUGCGCUACAGGCGUAGCCUCACGGGUGGUUUCAGCAUGUUGAAUAGCAGCAUUACCCAGCUCCAGUCCACGCCUCCUUUCGACUGGCAGGCCCUAAUAAUGAUGCUCUACGCUACGUCGGGUCUCAUCCUCUUUAGGUGCAUUUUCCGCAUUAUCGAGUACAUCAUGGGUCCAAACGCAUACCUUCUUGUUAACGAGUGGCCACUUUACGUGUUUGACCUGACGCUCAUGGUCAUCACGAUGGGGAUUUUCUUGGUCUGGUACCCCUCCAUGAUCAAGUCCUUUUCUGACAACUCGGAGCCUCGAGAUAUUGAGAUGGUAACUGAGAACACUAAAAACUCUGGUUUUUGGCAGAGCGCGCGACACCACGCGACGCUGCGCGAUGCCGAGCGCCUGAUCCUCUGGAUUGGGAAGGCAUACCAAGAUAUCAACCUUUCGGAUCUCAAGAGUUGA